UCGCAGCCCACAUACAAUCGUAGUGUAUUGCCGCUGAAGCCAUACAGAGGCUGUGACGCAGAAUGUCGAGGCAGUACGAUCCCGUGAAACACCUCCCGAAAAAGGCAUCGAGUACACGUAGAUACACUCUAGGACGGGCAAUCCAUCAGAGAGGAUACGGAAAUUGCGACGUUAUCCUCGGUCGACCUAGCCACCAUACUAAGAUCAAAGCGAUGGCGUAUCAUUUUGCAUAUAGCGCUCCAGACGAACCGUGAGGGCAAGAACAAACCAAGUCCACAAGGGCUAGUAGAGGAGCGGACGUACAUCUACGCCGAAGUACGCUUUAGCCUUUAGCAGAGAGCAGUUUCGAUGCUGAGACGAGAGUGAUGACUGGGCCGUGGCCCGACUCCAUGGAGAGGCGGAUCUUGGAUCACGGUUACAUGACGUGGCGCUCCGAGAUUUCAAUUCACGGGCUAUGCCACACUUGUGGAAUGAUCGCAGCGCAGAGCGAGCCGUCGUUGUGACUCGCGAAGGACUACAUACCGUCCGCAACACAGACCAUACGAGCACGAGCCUGAAGCUAGGAACCAUGCGGAUCCACUGAGGGGCACAUAUCCCACAAGGCUCAGUACACGUCAAUAGAUGUUAUCUGCAGCCUGAAAAACGGGAGGUUCUGUGAGCUUCAGAUCGGCUACUUUGCAGGUCGCAAACUUCAAUUUUCAAGUAAUAUUUCGCUUCCAACCCUCGGUAAGUGCCAGACGCAGGCCAAAGG